UACCGCCCAAGGCCAAAGCCGUCGUUCCUCAAGACUCGCAAUGGCCCCCUCAACUACCGUUCCGUCCGUCCAGGACGUUGAAGUCCCGGAGACUCUCCUUAAGAAGCGUAAGCAAAACGAAAAGGCCCGGGAGGAGCGUCUCGUUGCCGCGACCGCUGCCCGUAAGGCAUCCAAGGCCAAGCGCAAGGUCAUCUUCAAGCGCGCGGAGUCCUAUGUGAAGGAGUACCUUUCCCAGGAGAAGGAGGAGAUCCGCCUGAAGCGGGCUGCUCGUGCGACUGGCGACUUCUACGUCCCCGCAGAGCCCAAGGUCUACUUCGUCGUCCGUAUCCGGGGUAUCAACGAGAUCGCUCCCAAGCCCCGCAAAAUUCUCCAGCUCCUCCGCCUCCUCCAGAUCAACAACGGUGUCUUCGUCAAGGUCACGAAGGCCACCCAGCAGAUGCUUCGUCUGGUUGAGCCCUACGUCACCUACGGCGAGCCCAACCUGAAGACCGUCCGCGAGCUGAUCUACAAGCGCGGUUACGGCAAGGUCGAGAAGCAGCGCAUCCCCCUGUCCAACAACUCCGUCAUCGAGUCGACUCUCGGCAAGUACGACAUCCUCUCGGUCGAGGAUCUCGUGCACGAGAUCUUCACCGCCGGCCCCAACUUCAAGCAGGCCGCGAACUUCCUCUGGCCAUUCAAGCUCUCCAACCCCACUGGCGGCUGGAGGAUACGCAAGUUCAAGCACUUCGUCCAGGGUGGUGACUUCGGUAACCGGGAGACGAACAUCAACAAGCUCAUUAGGCAGAUGAACUGAGUGGAUGCCUGGUCAUUGCGCUUCUUGGGGGAGUUGCAGUCCGCGUCUGGAGGGCCGCGGGCUCGCGUGUAUGAGGGAGUAUGGCUGGCAUGCGUUAUCAUUACGACGACUACUACAUCUAUCUGUAUGCCAUUAUGUUCACCUCAAUCGUUGAAAACCGCAUACGCCAGGGCUGCUCACCC